UUUAGGUCAUAUGAUACCUUUUUGAAAGACUUCCGUCGACGAACAGACAGACUGGCACAGGUCUCAUUGAAUUUUACGAGCCGGAAAAGAUCCAGCAGAAAAAAUGGCGGUUAAUGUGUACAGCACAAGUGUCACAUCAGACAAUAUGAGCAGAAACGACUUGAUAGCCUGGAUAAAUGACAGCUUGGAUGCCAACUUCUCAAAAAUUGAAGAAUUGUGUACAGGUUCAGCCUAUUGUCAAUUUAUGCACAUGCUUUUCCCUGGUUCUAUUUCCUUAAGAAAAGUCAAAAUGAAUACAAAAUUAGAACAUGAGUAUAUAAAUAACUUCAAGACUCUCCAGGCCUCCUUCACCAAAACGGGGGUUGAUAAGAUCAUCCCGGUGGAGAAGCUAGUCAAGGGUAGGUUUCAAGACAACUUUGAGUUUGUUCAAUGGUUUAAGAAGUUUUUUGAUGCCAACUAUGAUGGCCAGGAAUAUGAUGCCCUCAACGAACGUGGAGGUGAGCCACUAGGUGGUGCAGGAGGAAAAGGUCCAGCAAAAGCCAUGCCCAGGUCUAUGGCAAGCAGACCCACAAAACCUGUUGGAGUGGUGAAAAGUACACCAGCAAGGGGUGCAUCUGCAGGAAUGAAAACGGCACCAAAAGCAAUGGGAGAUCAGUCACAUAAAAUAAUAGAAUUAGAAAAUGAGAUUAAGGAGCUGGAAACAACAGUCGAAGGUCUAGAAAAGGAGAGAGAUUUCUACUUCGGCAAACUUAGGGACAUUGAAGUGUUGUGUCAGGAGCAUGCAGAACUUCCUUUAGUAAAAAAUAUUAUGGAUAUUUUAUAUGCGACUGAGGAUGGGUUUGCACCUCCAGAGGGUGAAGCAGGAGAGGAGGAAUAUUGACCACACAGACACUAGCUGAAACUGCUCCUUCCUCUCUGUACUUAUAAGCUUGGACAAUAUAUACAUUCUACCAUCAAUUCUCCAUUGCUGAAAGUGAAAUUACAACUUUAAUGGUACAAAGGGAGAGAUUGGCAUCAUUAGAGGCAUGGGAUCUAAAUUCCAACAAAGAGCUUGGCUGUCUUUCUAUGUUGUAAUCAGAUUUGCUGGAAAAAGUGGAACAAAAAUGGAUUUUAUGUGUGAGCAAGUGCUAUAUAUUGGAUAAUGUUUAUUUAUUUACUUAUUUAUUUAUUUAUUUAUUUAUUUGAGGCAUGAAAAUUUUUGGUUUUGAUUGGAGCUAUAUUUAUCAGCAGCAUGGUACACUGGAUAAUGAAUAUUCAGUCUACACUAAAUAAUUAUGUCCCAAAGCUGGCAGGUGAAUAGUUUCUUACAUUAUGCUUUGUCUUGGAUGGAUGAGUGUGAAAUGAAUAAGAACUAUUGCAAUUACAAGGUUCUAACAGAGGAACUCGUGAUGGUACCUGGUUUUUGAGCAGAGAAAAAGUGAGAGCUUAAGACAAUCAAAGACCAUGUUUCUCUGUAAAUGGUAAAUCUGAAAGUUGAAAAGUGGCCUUGAACAACAGGUUUUCCUGUCUUAAUCCCUUACAUUUUAAUCUAUAUUAUUCAUUUAUUUAUUUUUCAGAAUAUUGAAAGAUAGAUUUACAAAUUUGCCAAUUAAAAAAAAAGCAUAUAAUUGGUAUUUGUAAAAAAUCUCGUACCUGAUGUCUUCCGUACUAUCUGUGGCAUUUUUCUCAUUGGUGUAAUCAUUACCUAUAGCGUGUAGUUUUCCAUUAUAAAUAACACUUUUGUAUAAAUCUCAGAGAGAUCAAUUUGUUGCUUUAAUCUGCGAUUAAAAAUAUUGUAGUACUGGGUCUCCCAGCAUUUUACAUGCAACUAAUUAUGUUGACCUUGCUUUACUUUUUGAGAAAAAAAGUAAUCUGUUGCUUUUAUUUCUUUAAAUUUAUUUUCAGUAAAUAUCUGAAUUUGAAGACCAGUGUUACAGUUUGUUUGUGAUUACCAAUUAUUGCCAAGCAUAAUCCCAUCAUUGGUAGUUCUUCAUUUACAAUGUGCAUAUCGCAUGUGUAUUUAUUAGGCCACAAACCAAUGUACAGUGUAAAAAGUUUAUUUGCAAUUAAAGUACAUCUUAUAAUCUUAUUCAUGACUUUUUCAUAACUGAUAUGCAAAUGUAACAUAACUGUAGUAGAUUUUUGAAAGAGUCCUCAUGUUAUCUAGUUACUGCACUACCUAUUUAAAAAUUUUAACAUGCUGCUGCCAGGACUUUAAUGACUUGCCACUUUCAUUUGCUGUUUCCUCACAGCACAGAUAUGACUAUUAGCAAUUUAAACUAAAAUAAUGAAUCUUAAUCACUGAUACAAUUAAAGCAUUAGGUUCAAGAGGGUGUGAAGGCCUCUUCACUAUCGAUAGCAGCCAGUAAAAAGCAAUACACUCCAUAACCAAAUAUUUCUUCUGAAUUUGUAGACAUCUUGCAUCUGCUCAAUGUCACAGGCUAGGCUGUAACAGCAUGCAUUAAAUGUAAUACAUUUCCAUUAACAGCGCUAAAACCACAUUUUUCACUCUUUUUCAUUUUAGAUAUUAAGUCCAUUUGUAAGCAUCCAAAGAACUUGAGCAAAUGUAAUUUUAACUAUUGCAUGAUUUUUCAACUGUCCACAAGGUGAUAGAACAUUUACUUUUAUUGAUAAAGUUUGAUUUAUAUAUAAACACAUUUUAUUUUUAUUCAUAGUGACAGUCCUGUAAACUUUGCAACAAAACUGAACAUUUAUUUAGCAAAUGUGUAUCAAUAUACUAGCAAAAA